CCAAAGUUUACGUACGAAAGUUAAGGAACGACGCGACGUGAUCUCGUGUUUGUUAACUGGAUAAAACGAACAUCGUAUCGACUAUUAACAAAGAGAACAACAACGAGACAACGACAACGGACUCGAAUUAUACAGAAGGAUGAAACAAUCGACAGGCUACGCAAAAUCUUGCAUGUCGAACGUGCCAAAUGGAACGUGUAGGUUAUGUCUUCGCGUUGGCGACCGUUUAGUGCCGAUAUUCGCCGAGGAAGAAACAUCGAAACAGCUGCUUUCUCGCAUUCGAGAUUGCUGUCCCAUUACGCUGCUCGAAAACGACGACCUACCGAAGACGAUCUGUCGCGAGUGCGAAGGAAAGAUAGCAGUGACGUUCGAGUUUCGCGAACUAUGCAGGAAAACGGAACGGAUCUUGAAAUUACAAUACGAUUUGCGCCGCGCGAGCGAAUCCAACUGGAGAAUCGCGUCGGAUGGCAACGUUGAAAAGCAGAACUCGAAGGCAGAGGAGGAUGGAUCAGCGUACGAAAAUUUGGAGAUCGUCGUUGGCAGCGAAGUGUACGCGGCAGAAAGAAAUGACAAAGGUGACGCGAUAGGGAAGAAAGACGGUGGCGUCGAUGGUGGAUCCGGCAACGUACAAAGCUACGACGACACUUCCGUGGCAGGAAGGCGAUACUUGUGCGACGUCUGCAGCAAGACGUUCGCCUCAAAGUCCGGGCUGCGAUUUCACAUGAAGUCGCACGGUUCAGCCGCGAAGGCUCACCCGUGCCGAUACUGCGGCAAAGGAUUCGCGAUCCCGAGUUACGCGAGAAGGCACGAGAGAAUUCACCUCGGUGACAAGCGAUUCGUCUGUCAUUUUUGCAGCGCGACGUUCGCCUCCUCGAACGGUUUGAAGUACCACUUGAGGCUGCAUUCCGGCCAGGCGAAUUACCACUGUGAAACUUGCGGCAAGUCCUUCUAUCGACGCAAGUAUUUGAACGAGCACGUGUUCACGCACACGGGCGAGAGGCCGUACGUUUGCAAGGCAUGUGGCGCUUCGUACGCCAGUUCUGCCAGUCUGUUCGUUCAUGAAAAACGGUGCAAGAACAAAUAG